AUGGCCUCGGCUCCUGCCCCCUCGGAGUCGCUGGUGGAUGAGGAGUCGUACGGCGAGACGGUGACCGCCUCGGAGGUGGUCACAUCCAUCUACGUCUCCGCCGUUGGCGGCGCCUGCUUCCUCAUCUGCUGGGCCAUCUUCCGCAAGCCGCUGCGCCACAUCUUCCUGAAGCGCACCCAGCUGCCCGACGCGCAAGCGCGGCCGCCGCCCCUGUGCUUUGACGGCCUGCUCAACAUCUGCUUUGGUUACAUCCCACCCGUCUUCUUCAUCAACGACCUCGAGUUUGUGCAGACGGCUGGGCUGGAUGCCUUGAUUCUCUGCCGCUUCCUGGUUCUGGGCUUCCAGAUAUUUCUGCCAAUGACAAUCGUCUGCUGCGCUGUCUUGCUGCCGCUGUGCAUGACGGGCACGUAUGUGGACACUAGCUAUGCGACAAACCUGGUGGGCAUCAUGCGCUACACCCUGAGCAACAUCCAGCCCGGCUCCAGCAAGCUCUGGGCUCCCUUUGUCCUGAGCUACGCCGUGCUGGCAUGGACCGGAUACUGCCUGAUCCAGCACUACAAGAGCUACGCCAUGCUGCGCCUGCUGCACCUGCGCCACAACUCGCUCCACGCGGCGGGCGAGUGUGGCGCUCCACGAAUGCACAUCGUCGGGUUUGAGCGCCGCGGCUGGGCCGCUGUGAGGGACUCGCUGUGGGCCCUGAGCAGCCCCCUCUACAUGAUGCGACGGGACAUGCGGUAUGUUAAGCAGUACCUCGAGCAGAACGCCGCCGCAGAGGCAGCUGCCACCCUGGACGCGGCGCGGGAGGCCAAGGACAGCACGGGUGCGGGCGACGGCGGAAAGGGGCUGGACAGCGACGGGGAUGAUCAGGAGUAUGCCAAGGCCGCGGUGCUGCCCUGGUGGCUGCCACCGGAAAAGAUCCCUGCCCAGUAUUCGGUGGAGCGCAGCAGCGGCGCCGUGCUGCACGGCAAGACCAGUCCCAUCAACCGCAAGCGCGUGCUCAGCGAGGCGGCGGCGGGGCAGCCGCCGGUGUGGGUGUGUGUGGAGCAGUACUCGGUGCUGUUCACCAUUGCCGGCCCGCCGCCCUCCAGCGAGCUGUGGCGCCUGCUGCGCCCCGCCCCAGCGCCGGCCCCGGAGGCCGUGCUUGUCGAUGCCGCCAAGGCGGUCGUUGUGGUGCCGGCACGCGGGGACGGCGGCAAGCCGGGUGUCGAGCUCAGCUCGCCCAGCCACACGGUGCUGCUGCAGUCCGGUGACGGGCAGAAGGCGGGAAAGGGCGCGGAGUUUGUGGCCGCCAAGCUGGCGCAGGCGCUGCAGGACAUCUUCCCAGACUCCUUCACCCAGCUGGUGCGGGUGUACAACCACAAGGCCGUGGACAAGCUGCUGAGCCAGCACGAGGCGGCGGCCUCGCACCGCGACCGGUGCGUGACGGCCCUCGCCGCCGCUCGCGGCAAGGCUGACGCGGCGCAGGGCAAGGGCGGCGCGGCCAAGGCGGCCGCCAGGCUGGAGCGGGCAGAGGCUGAGCUGGCAAAGGCGGAGGAGAGGGUGGGGGAGCUGGAGGGGCAGGUGGAGGUGGCGCGCCAGGCUGCCCUGGAGCAGCCCCUCGGCACCGCCUUCAUUGCGCUGUUCAGCGACCAGACGUCUGCUGCGCUGGCGGCGUUUGUCCAGGCCAGCUUCGUGCCCGCCAUCAACUUCAAUCGCAUGCUGCGGGCCCUGUAUGUCAUCCCCUUUCUGGUGCUGGUCAUUGUCUUCCCCAUCGGAGUGCUGACUGGCGCGCUGACCAACCUGUCCACAGCCGUGUGCAGCGGCUCGUCGCAGACCAACAACCUGUACUGGCCGUGGUACUGCGAAGGAGACGACGCGGGCCUGCUCCCCUCCAUCAUCUCCAUGACUUGGGACACCUAUGUGCUGCCCAUGGCCUUCUUCUUCUCCUCCCAGUCGGAGGCCCGCCACCUGGCCCUCAGCGACCUGGACCACCGCGUCGUCAUUCUCUUCUUCUGCUUCGACAUCUUCAACACCUUCCUGGGCAGCGUGCUGGGCGGCGCCGUCUUCCAGCAAAUCGGCUCGCUCACAAAGGAGCCAGGCUACUGGCUGCAGAUGCUGGGUGCCGCGCUGCCCUCUGCCAGCACCUACUUUCUUAACUACAUCAUCAUCCACGCCCUGUGCACCAACUUCUUCCGCUUCAUCUGGCCCCACGAGGGCACCGUGCUGUUUGUGAUCUUCCGCUGGCUGGGCAUGUGCCUGCCCAAGUGCGAGCGGGACCACACGAUGAUCCGCACCGCGCCCUCCUUCCGCGGCGGACGCCACUUUGGCUCCUUCCAGCUCAUAAUGGCAAGGCUGCACCACGCGCCUGGCGCGCCCGGCGGCACUAUCAUGGCUCUCUCGUAUGCCGUCAUCGCGCCGCUGGUGCUGCCCGCGGCCCUGGGCUUCUUCCUCACAGCCUGGGUCACGUGGCGCUACUGCUGCAUCUACUUUUACGAGCGAAGCUACGAGUCUGGGGGGCGCAUCUUCGAGACGCUCUUCACCCUCAUGGUCUGGACCCUGGUGCUGUUCAGCCUCUUCACCAGCCUGGUGCUGGCAAGCAAGAAGUCGUACACCGCCUCCCUCAUCCUCAUCUUCACCCAGCCCCCGCUGCUGCUCGUGUACCACCGCCGGGUGUCGCUGGCAAUCGGGCACUACGCGCGCCUGCUGCCGCUGCAGGCCACGCUGAGCGCGCCGCGCGCCACGCCCGACCCCGCCGCCUUCCUGCCGCCGCCGCUCAGGAAGCAGGCGGUGGGGUGGUACCCCGAGUGGGGCAAGGUGUGGGAAAAGUAUGGCAUCAGCCGCUACUCGCUGUAG